CAAAAGUCACGUGACAUUUUUAUCACGUGACCAGUAAAACAUGGCUGUCUGCUGAUUCGACACACUCAAUUCGAGAAACAGUUAUAAGAAAGGCUAUUAUAUUUUGUGAAAAGUCAAGCAACUGCCGAGUGCUGAAUAAAUGAGUCAAUCUAUGGUCUGAUUUGAUUCUGGAGAUAAUUGGAGCCAGUUAUCAAAACAACUUUCAUCUUAAAAGACUUAACAAACAUCGACAUUGUUAAAUUUGGAGUGAAAAUGUCUAAUAGUGAUAAUUCCGGUGAUUUAUACAAUGUACCAUUAUCUACAGACAGUGAGUCAGGCGAACUUGCCAAAAAUAGCCAGCAAAAACUGAUUGAUGAAGAAAAUAGUAAAAAUGACACAUACACUGGUAAUUCACAUAGUAAUAGUUUGGAUCCAGAUAUAAAUCCUGAUGAAGAAGAAGAGAAACAGAAACUCAUAACACAAGUUCUAGAAUUACAGAAUACACUAGAUGAUUUGUCAUCAAGAGUGGAUUCCGUUAAAGAAGAGAAUCUCAAACUGAAAUCAGAAAAUCAAGUAUUAGGCCAGUAUAUAGAGAAUUUGAUGGCAGCAAGCAGUGUAUUUCAAUCAACAUCUCCUAAAACCAAGAAAAAAUAAAACCAGUCGUGGUUAGAAGAAAAUAAACUUAUGUGCAAUCAACAAAUAAA